AUGAUGAUGAAACCAGUUCCAAAGCUUUGGGUUGUCAUCUCAGUCUCGUUAAUGUUCUGCCUGUUCGUUCUGUUUCAAGUCCAUAUACCAGAUUUGGUCGGAAAAACCCCUCUAAUCGCUCAUCAAGUUAAUAACUUCUUCAUCUCAAUCGCUUCUUCUUCACAUCGUCAAACCCUAAAUCGCACCAAAUUUGCGAACGAAAGUGAUGGAAACAGUCACAGAGCAAAUCCUCCCGAGGGAGAAGAAACAGAUUCUUGCGCCGGAAGGUACAUCUAUAUGCACAAUCUUCCAAGCAGAUUCAACGACGACAUCAUCAGUAACUGUCGAGCACUCAUUAAAUGGUUCGAUAUGUGUCCAUUCAUGGUCAAUUCCGGCCUCGGUCCACAGGUUUCCGCGUCCAGUAACAAGACAGCUCGAGUCUUAACCGUGAAAACCGGUUCUUGGUACUCAACAAACCAAUUCUUGCUAGCGGUUAUCUUCCGAGAGAGGAUGAAACAUUACGAGUGUUUGACCGACGAUUCGUCUCUAGCCUCAGCGAUCUAUGUCCCGUUCUACGCAGGAUUCGACGUGAGCCGUCACCUCUGGGGUUACAACACAACGGUUAGAGACGAGUUGGGGAUAGAGCUGGCUCGAUGGCUAAGAGAGACACCCGAGUGGAGUAAGAUGAACGGUCGAGAUCACUUCUUUGUAACCGGACGGAUCGGUUGGGAUUUCAGGAGAGGCCAGGACGACGAUUCCGGGUGGGGAAACAAACUGAUGCUGUUGCCGGAAUUUGCUAAUAUGACAAUGUUAUCUAUCGAAGCUACUGCUUGGACUAACGAUAUUGCGAUUCCUUAUCCGACUUAUUUCCAUCCCAAGAGCUUAGCCGAGAUUUGGAGAUGGCAGACGAAAGUGAAGAAUGCGAAGAGGAGAUACUUGUUUUCCUUUGUUGGAGGUCCAAGGCCGACCAUGGAUGGAUCUAUAAGAGGGGAGAUUAUAAAGCAGUGCCUUGCGUCUCACGGUAAAUGCAAGUUUCUUAACUGUGUUUCAUCAGACUGCGAUAAUCCGGUUAAGAUAAUGGAGGUGUUUAAAAAUUCGGUUUUCUGUUUACAACCUCCGGGAGAUUCGUAUACUCGGAGGUCGAUUUUUGACUCGAUUCUGGCCGGUUGUAUACCGGUUUUCUUUCAUCCUGGUUCGGGUUAUAACCAGUAUAAGUGGUAUUUCCCUAAGAAUUAUACCAAGUACUCGGUUUACAUACCGGAAAAGGAAAUGAAAGAUGGAAAGGUCAGUCUCAGGAAGCUGUUGGGUGGGAUUGAUAAGGAGAUGAUUUGGAGGAUGAGGAACGAGGUUGCGAAGAUUAUACCAAAGAUAGUAUAUACUAAACCGGGAUUGGUUGGACCGGAGAAGAUUGAAGAUGCGUUUCAGAUUGCAGUGGAUAGGACUCUUGAGAGGGUAGCAAUGGUGAAAAAAAUGAUGGAAGAAGGAAAAGAUGUUCAGAGUGAGUAUUCACAAACAAGGGAUUUGAAAAAACUUGAGAGUGAAACUCAAUGA